AUGGCUAAGAAAGUAUCAUCUAAAGAUUCUAAAGCUGUCAAGGCUAAGUCAGCUUCAAAAGCCUCGAAGUUAGCUAAGAAGGAAGAGGAAAGCAGCACUGCAUCUAGCUCUGAUGACUCUAGCUCUGAUAGCUCAGACAGCAGCAGCGAUUCUGACAGUGAUUCUGACAGUGAAUCUGAGGAAGAAAAGAAGGAAGAAAAGAAGGAAGAAUCAUCUGAUAGCUCCGACUCUGAUUCUAACUCCGACUCUGAUUCUAACUCCGACUCUGAUUCUGAUAGUGAAUCUGAGGAAGAAAAGAAGGAAGAAAAGAAGGAAGAAAAGAAGGAAGAAUCCUCUGAUAGCUCCGAUUCUGAUUCUGAUUCUGAUUCUGAUUCUGAUUCUGAUUCUGAUUCUGAUUCUGAUUCUGAAGAAAAGGAAGAAAAGAAGAAGGAAUCUUCAGAUUCCGACUCAGAUUCUGAUGAUGAAGAAGAAAAGAAGAAGGAAUCUUCCUCUGACUCCGACAGCGACAGUGAUUCUGACAGUAGUUCUGACAGCUCUGAUGAAGAAAAGGAAGAUGAAAAAUCUAAAAAACGUAAGGCUGAGGAAAGUGAAGAAGACUCAACCAAAAAGCAAAAGACUGAAGCCUCAGAACCAACUACUUUGUUUGUUGGUAGAUUGUCAUGGAAUAUUGAUGAUGCUUGGUUGAAGAGUGAAUUCGAAUCUAUUGGUGGUGUUAUUGCUGCUAGAGUCAUUAUGGAAAGAGAUACCAACAAGUCCCGUGGUUACGGUUACGUUGACUUUGAAAGCAAGGAGUACGCUCAAAAAGCCAUGGAUACUUUCCAAGGUAAGGAAAUUGAUGGCAGACCAAUAAAUUUGGAUUUCUCUACCUCAAAACCAUCUAGUGCCCCAAGAGUCAACGACAGAGCUAAGAAAUUUGGUGAUGUCAAGAGUGAGCCAUCUGACACUUUGUUCGUUGGUAACUUGUCUUUCAAGACCACAAAGGAAAGUUUGAUUGAAUCUUUUGGUGAAUAUGGUACCGUCAUUAGCGCUAGAAUCCCAACCAACCCAGAAACCGAACAACCAAAGGGUUUCGGUUAUGUUCAAUUUGGCAGUAUUGAUGAAGCUAAGUCUGCUUUGGAAACUUUGAAUGGUGAAUAUCUUGAUGGUAGACCAGUUAGAUUGGAUUACUCUGCCCCAAGACCUCCAAGAACUGGUGGAUUCGGUGGUGACAGAGGCGGAAGAGGUGGUAGAGGCGGCUUCGGUGGUAGAGGUGGUAGAGGUGGUAGAGAAAGAUCAACUGGUGCUAACAGCAUGCCAUUGAAGAAGAGAUCAUCUGAGUUCACUGGUACUAAAAAGACUUUCGAUUAG